GUGGUCUAGUUUGGGGAGCCGGAUAGGCAAAGACUGGCCCGCGUCCCCCCGGCAGCCCCCUCCCUUUCCCGCGGGGCUUUCUGGGCUUUCUGCUUGUGCCAUCCUCAAGUCAAGGAACAAAGUUAGUCGGGCCCCGGGGGAGGGGCUCUUUGGCGGCGCGGCGCCCCCUCCCCGCCCGGCGCUGCUGCCCCCGAGGCUUCUUUCUCUCGAGCCCCGGACAAGAGGCAGCCGGGCUGUGCCGAGGCUCCCAGAGGAGCUCGACUGAAAAGUUCUCGGCUUCUUUUUCCGUGGAGGCUAAAGCUGUUUUAUGUAUGGAUUAGCUGCUACAUUUUGAUGGCCGUUUUGGGGCAAUCCUGUAUCAGGAAAUUGACCUUGAAGGAAGAUCUGAACGCAGAACCUGACUACUCUGCCCAGGUCUUCCUCCCGGCCAUGGAAACAGUCACUGGAGCUAUGCAGACAAGGCAGAGUGGGCCUCUGAUUUCCCCCACUGCGGGGGCCACAUGCAGUCCCCCAUCAACAUUGAGACGGGGGCCGCCCUCUUCAGUCCCCAGCUGGAGCCCAUCCUGCUGCCUGACUACAGCCUGCCUCCCAGGGAGAAGCUCCGCCUCCAGAACAAUGGACACACAGUGGUCCUCGACCUGCCCAGGAAUUUGACCCUCACCGGCGGGGGAUUCCCACAGCCGUACCAGGCUGCCCAGCUGCACUUGCACUGGGGGUCUGCCCUGAAGCCCGGCUCUGAGCACACAGUGGAUGGGCACCGCUAUGCUGGGGAGAUUCAUGUGGUUUAUUACAGCUCCCACUUUGACACCAUCCAGGAGGCGCAAGUCGAGCCCGGAGGCUUGGCUGUGCUGGCUGCAUUUCUGCAGGUUGGGUCGGAGGAAAACGAGCCAUAUCAGCACAUCCUUGACCAUCUGAAUGAUGUCCAUGAGGAAGGAGAAGAAACCUGGAUUCCUGCCUUUGAUGUAGCCAUGCUCCUUCCUGACGACCUCAGUCGCUACUUCCGCUAUAAUGGCUCACUGACCACUCCACCUUGUUACCAGACGGUGAACUGGACGAUCUUUAACCAGACAAUUCAGCUGUCCCCAGAUCAGAUCUCUCUGCUGGAGGACACCCUUCAUGGAGAUGAGGACGAGCUGAUCCAGGACAACUUCCGCUUGCCUCAGAGUCUGCAGGGCCGGAGUGUCCUGGCCAGCUUCCCGAUGCUCCACAGCCCAGAAGGGGCUCAACCACCUGGUGAGGGGGGAUCUCCAAGGGCCCCGGAUCCUUAUGGUCCUGCAGAGGAAGGUGGGGGCGACAGUGCAGGAUCUGCAGCAGGCGGAGGGCAGCCCCACACCCCAGAUGGUGCCUCAGGGAGAGACCCUGAACCAGCCUCUGGAGAAGGUCAGAGUCCAGCCACAAGUUCAGGUGCUGACCAGCAGGUGGGCUCCUCCCUUCAGACAGGGGACGUGUUGGCCGCCAUCUUUGCAGCUCUCUUUGGCAUCACUGCUCUCGCCUUCUUCCUCUAUGUCCGGAAGCACCAGGCCCAGAACCGCAGACGGGAUUCUCAGCCCAUCAAGUCCAGCAUCAUCUACACAGCAGCCACCACGGAGGAGAAUGCAGCCUAGAAGGAAGCCCUGGCAGUGUCUCUCCCCCUGCCUCUCACGACUCCCUCUGCCACGUCUGAACACCUCCCAGCCCCCACCCCACAAGGAGGAGGCACCCAGCCCC